AAAGAUGACAUCAGUCUUUCUGAGGGCAGCACCGUCGACUUGAGGAAACCUGGAGAAGAAGAAGAUGAUUUCUCUGAACUCGAGCAGGAAGCAAUGGACCCAGAGAACUGUUUCCCCGAAGUGUGUGUGCGUCGCUUCGGCUGCUGUGACGUCGACACCUCCUCGGGUCCGGGUCAGAUCUGGUUCAGACUCAGAAAGACGUGUUACCAGAUCGUGGAGCACAGCUGGUUUGAGACGUUCAUCAUCUUCAUGAUCCUCCUCAGCUCUGGAGCUCUGGCGUUUGAGGACAUCUACAUCGAGCAGAGGCGUGUGGUGAAGACGGUCCUGGAAUACGCAGAUAAGAUCUUCACGUACGUGUUCAUCCUGGAGAUGGUCCUGAAGUGGCUCGCCUACGGAUUCAAGAAAUACUUCACCAACUACUGGUGCUGGCUCGACUUCCUCAUCGUCGACGUCUCUCUAGUGUCCCUGGUGGCCAACACUUUGGGAUAUUCGGAUUUCGCGGCGAUUAAAUCUCUGCGGACUCUGCGAGCGCUGCGUCCGCUCAGGGCUCUGUCCCGCUUCGAGGGAAUGAGGGUGGUGGUGAACGCGCUGAUCGGCGCCAUCCCGUCCAUCAUGAACGUUCUGCUCGUCUGCCUCAUCUUCUGGCUCAUCUUCAGCAUCAUGGGCGUGAACCUGUUCGCGGGGAAGUACGGCCGCUGCGUGAACCGGACCGGACACCUGUACGACGCCGCGCUCGUCAACAACCGCAGCGACUGUCUGGACCUCAACAACACCAACUUCUACUGGACCAAGGUCAAGGUCAACUUCGACAACGUGGGCGCCGGAUACCUCGCCCUGCUGCAGGUGGCGACGUUUAAAGGCUGGAUGGAAAUAAUGUACGCAGCAGUGGACUCCAGAGCCGUGGAGGAACAGCCCAUCAAGGAGAUUAACUUGUACAUGUACUUGUACUUCGUGGUCUUCAUCAUCUUCGGCUCCUUCUUCACCCUGAACCUUUUCAUCGGAGUCAUUAUCGACAACUUCAACCAGCAGAAGAGAAAGAUACGAGGUCAGGACAUCUUCAUGACGGAGGAACAGAAGAAGUAUUAUAACGCCAUGAAGAAACUGGGCUCCAAGAAACCACAGAAACCCAUCCCCAGACCCUUGAACCCUCUGUCGGGCCUGUGCUUCGACCUGGUGGGGAAGCAGGCGUUCGACAUCGUGAUCAUGGUGCUGAUUCUCCUCAACAUGAUCACGAUGAUGGUGGAGACGGACGAGCAGCCGCAGCAGAUGGAGCGAAUCCUUUACUACAUCAACCUGGGCUUCAUCCUCAUCUUCACCGUCGAGUGCAGCUUGAAGAUCCUGGCGCUGCGCUGCUACUACUUCACCGUCGGCUGGAACAUCUUCGACUUCGUGGUCGUCAUCCUGUCCAUCGUGGGAAUCGUUCUCGCCGACAUCAUCGAGAAAUACUUUGUUUCUCCGACGUUGUUCCGCGUGAUCCGAUUGGCUCGUAUCGGCCGGAUCCUCCGCCUGAUCCGCGGCGCCAAAGGGAUCCGCACGCUGCUCUUCGCCCUCAUGAUGUCGCUCCCGGCGCUCUUCAACAUCGGGCUCCUCCUCUUCCUCGUCAUGUUCAUCUACGCCAUCUUCGGGAUGGCCAACUUCGCCUACGUCAAGCGUCAGAACGGCAUCGACGACAUGUUUAACUUCGAGACGUUCGGGAACAGCAUGUUGUGUCUGUUCCAGAUCACCACGUCGGCCGGAUGGGACGGGCUCCUGGGGCCCAUCCUCAACAACUCGCCCCAAGAGUGUAACCCCGACCUGCCCCACACCGGCACCACCGUCCGGGGAAACUGCGGGAACCCGUCCGUGGGCAUCACCUUCUUCGUCACCUACAUCAUCAUCAGCUUCCUCAUCGUGGUGAACAUGUACAUCGCCAUCAUCCUGGAGAACUUCAGCGUGGCCACGGAGGAGAGCACGGAGCCCCUGAGCGAGGACGACUUCGAGAUGUUCUACGAGGUGUGGGAGAAGUUCGACCCCGAGGCCACGCAGUUCAUCGAGUAUUCCAAACUGUCCGACUUCGCCGACUCCCUGUCGGAGCCGCUGCGCAUCGCCAAACCCAACAAGAUCAAACUCAUCUCCAUGGACCUGCCCAUGGUCAGCGGAGACAAGAUCCACUGCCUGGACAUUCUGUUCGCCUUCACCAAGCGCGUCCUCGGAGAGUCCGGAGAGAUGGACGCCCUCAAGCAGCAGAUGGAGGAGAAGUUCAUGAUGGCCAACCCCUCCAAGAUCUCCUACGAACCCAUCACCACCACGCUCAGGCGCAAGCAGGAGGAGGUGUCGGCGACGGUGAUCCAGCGCUGUUACCGCAGACACCUGGUGCGGCGGCAGGUGAAGGCCGCCUCCUACCUGUACCGGCAGAUCGCCACGCCGCAUCACCAGACCUCGCCCGACGACGACGACGCCAUCUUCGGAGAGGACGCGCCGGAGAGGGAGGGGCUUAUCGCCGCCAUGAUGAGGGAGAACUACGCCGCCGGCCUCUUCGCCAUGGAGCGCUCGGAAACGCUCUCCGCCGGGAUCAUCUCGUCCCCGCCGUCGUACGACAGCGUCACCCGAGCCGCCAACGACCCGUCCGCGCCCGUCUGCACCCUGUCUGCGCCUGACACAAACACCCUGUCUGUCCCUGUCACGAACGACCUGUCUGCACCUGCCGCACUGACUCGGGGCGGGGCAGAGGGCGGGGCAGAGGGCGGGGCUCAGGGAGACGACGGGCCAGAGCACAAAAUGGAGGACGCACACAAAAUGGCCUCCGUGACGUCGUCUUCGUUGUCGGUUGCUUCCUCCGUUGUCGCGGUGACGGAGCGAGCGGCGGGAAAUCAGGAAACCGAACCUUAG